ACAACUAUCACAUUCACUCCAAAGUUAAGUCACGCUAUAGAAUAGUCCAAAAUGUCAAAAUUACUUUGGUGCUUCGUCGUCCUUGCCUGUUUAUGUACUUUAUUGGAAUUAGCAGAAAGUAAAUCAGUGGUUGAAAGGCAAGUUUACGAGGAUUUGAUACAAGAAAAAAAUGUUAGAAAUAAAAGAGCAGUUGACGUCGUAACUGGAGUGAAAAAUGCCGUAUUAGGAUUUGUUUUUAACAAAUUAAACUCAUUCAUCGAUCAGAAGACCCACUGGAUUGCCGAAUUAGAUAAACAAAACAUAGCAAAAAACGAAGCUGCUAAUAUCGUACCUCCAGCUGAUCCGGUAACAUCCCUAUCUUCAGUAAUUUCGGGAGCCAUUGGACAAAAAUUACAAGCUUCCGCUCCACUUUUGAACAUAGUUACUAGUAAGCUCGGUGGACUCAGCUCAGGCGGUGGAGGAUUCAAUAUAGGCGCUCUUCUCACUAAAGGUCUAGGUAGUAGUAGCAGCGGCAGUAGCGGUGGAGCCCACAACAAAGCAGACGCGUAAUUAUUCGGGAAUUGUCUAAUUAGUGCACCGCCAUACAAUUUUGCUCAAUAAGUCAAUCUAUUACUGUUUAAUCCAGCUUAGGAUUAACCUUCAUAUUGCUCAUUUUAGGUUUUGAGAUUGUUCAAUUAACUGAUUCAAAAAUGAUAAUUGGAUUUAUUUCUCACAAAUCCAAUUCUAUUUUUAUAGUAAUGUGAGUAUGAAAUAACUUAUAUGCUUUAUUCUAAGAAUAUUUCUGUAAAUAACCGCCCUGUCAGGAUUUUAAGGAUAAAAGUUAUUUGGUAAUAUUGAAUACCUGACAUCAUUAUUCCUUAUCGGCACCGACGUACUAAGAAUAUAAAGUAGGAUACGAAAUAAGUGAUUCGUACAAUUUUUUUCCAACUAGAUUAUCUAAGUGAAGAAUUUUUGUCAUAUUGAACUCAAUAUGCUGAUAAUUUUUAUUGCCACUCUUCGUAAGUGAUCUUCAACAUCAACGACAAUUAAUUUGAAAUUUUUCUUUAGUAAUAAACUUGUUCUACGAAAUCUCUGCUAUGUUUUCCAAUUAUCUUAAUGCCUUCUCAAGUAUUAGUAAUUUUCUUGCUUCGAAACAUAUAAUUUACCAAUUCAAUCUUGAUUCAGAAAUUGUGUUUUAUGGUUCAUUAAUUGCCAGGAUUCAGAAAACCCUCAAAACUAUCCCAUUCAUUUACUUUUUCUAUUCCUAAUUCUUCUAAUUUCCAAGAUAAUCUGUUUCAUACAUACGUACAAUAGUUGUCCAUUGUCACUCUCCGUUCUGGAAUCAUUUACCGAUAGUACAAAGUCAACUGAUAACUCCAAAGGUUUUCUGAAUUUAGUUGUGUCUAUCUAAUCAUCUUUUUUAUUUUCUCUCCAUUAAUUCUUGGUUGAGUUGCUCUGCAUGUUUUGCAAUCAGUUUUAUUUGACCAUAUAUUAUGAUUCCGUGUCUAUGGCAUCUUUCAACAAACUUCACUUUAGUAUUACAAAUCCAGGAGAGUGUCUCGAGAUGCUAUUACCCAUCCAUCUUCAGAGAUUGAUAUUUCGUUUUCUUCCAACAUAAAUUUUGAUCCCGAUUUUCUCUUACAGCAAUUUUUUCUUGAAAGUCCGCUUUGGUAACUAUGAUGUCCGUAUUCUGAGCAGAUAAGUCCUUUAAUCGUUUUCCCUCAACUUGCCCAUUUUUUUCAGGAUAAUUGUAUUCCAAUAAUUCUAAAAGUUAACCAGGGAGCGCUUUAUGAGGUUAAAUAUUUUCUACACUAUAGGAUUUGUUCUUAUUUCCAUAUUACUGAACCUUAUAAUUGCCGUACCCAACCAAUACAUCACCAAAGGUUCUUAUCCACAUUUUUAUUGAUCAUCUUUUUACAGGAAUAGAUAGCGUUGAUUCAUUUCUUCAUUCUUUCUUCCACGUUUCCUUCAGUAUUUAACUUACUUUUAUAGGUAAAAUUAUCAUAAUUUGAAUUCUCUUUCACAAGAUGUGCUGAUGAUUCUGAAGUAUCUUGCAGAGUUUCCUUAAGUAUU